AAGAAUAAGGCGCCGACAUCUGUGGCCUUCAAACCCGACCCGUCGGCCGUGAAGUCCAAUGUAAAGCCAGAGACUCCUCCAAAAGUAUCUAAAAUGAGUGAAACCGUGGAAAGUAUGGCCCAAAAGAUUAACAAAAAUCCCCGAAAAACAUCGCCCAAAGAGAAGCCAAAGCCAGCGCCGGCGCCCGAAGCCGUUGUGUCCACUGUCUCGACGUCGCCCCAGAAAAAGGCGGCCGCACUCGCGCCCACUGAUGACUCCAUGUCCGUAGCCAUGGGUCCGACCAUUUCUACUAAUUUUUACGGGUCAGAGCUGUUGCCCAACGGAUACAAUCGGAACAGCGCUCCCAAAGUGAAUGGAUUGGCAGUUGAUGUGAAUGUUUCGGUAGUUAUACUCACUAUAAGUCCAGAUUCUAACUCCAAAAUGGAGUUUGAUGUCGACCUCUUCUACCAUCUCUAUUGGACUGACUAUCGACUGAAUCGAGUGAACGAUACGUCGGAUAAAUUGAUUUUGGACUACGAGUGGAAGAGUCGGCUCUGGAUUCCGGACACGUCCUUCCGUAACGCCGUGAGCGGAGGAAUGGCUAACGAUGUCAUAUCUCCCAGUCUUUACUUCAUUAUAAGUAACACAACGAAUGUGUUUAUGGCUUCGCGACUCAGAAUCAAAUUCAGUUGUGACAUGAAGUUUGAGAAAUACCCGUUUGAUAAACAAAUCUGUUUUAUUAAUAUAACCACUCUGUCUCAGAAUAUAAAUACCGUUCGUUUGAAUUGGCAUUCAUUCAGAAUUGGUUCACAUGUGGAUCAGCCAGAGUUUGGCAUCAAAGAGGGCAACAAAGGUGUAUGCGUUAAGAAUUACACAGAUUUAGGUAAUUAUCAGUUUAAUCACAAUAUGUGUUCACUCGUGUCUAUACGUUAUGUUGCAUUUGGAGCGAAAUAUUGGCAAUUAUUUAAUAAAACGGUUCAUUCCGUCCUUUUUAAUUGUGAUCAUGUCUUUCAUUGGAUUCUGGAUUCCGGCAAAUAUAGCGCCGGCGAGAAUACGAAUGUGUUUAUGGCUUCGCGACUCAGAAUCAAAUUCAGUUGUGACAUGAAGUUUGAGAAAUACCCGUUUGAUAAACAAAUCUGUUUUAUUAAUAUAACCACUCUGUCUCAGAAUAUAAAUACCGUUCGUUUGAAUUGGCAUUCAUUCAGAAUUGGCUCACACGUAGAUCAGCCAGAGUUUGGCAUCAAAGAGGGCAACAAAGGUGUUCACUCGUGUCUCUACGUUAUGUUGCAUUUGGAGCGAAAUAUUGGCAAUUAUUUAAUAAAACGGUUCAUUCCGUCCUUUUUAAUUGUGAUCAUGUCUUUCAUUGGAUUCUGGAUUCCGGCAAAUAUAGCGCCGGCGAGAAUAUCACUCAUCAUUACAUCACUGUUAGCACUGAUAGCGCAACAAAUUCAGGCCGAACUCAAUGUCUCCUAUAUCUAUGCUCUGGAAGUUUGGACAAUAAUGUGUAUAACUUAUGUUUUUGCGACACUUAUUGAGUUUUCAGUCGCUAUUUCGUGGCCUUUCGGUCCAUCACAAGAACCUGAAGGCAAUGCAAACAACAAAACCAAACCAAAGCAUAUCGUCUGUACUGUCGAUCAC